AAAACACGAAGAGAGGAUCGUUCCUGGAAAGAAAUCAUUUUGCACUUUUACGACCAAACUGAGAGAACCUUCCAAUCGACGAAUUAGUCAACAGAUUCUCUCACCUCGGAAACUUUUCUCAUUGAAUUUUCUCCCUGCUUCUGGAUUUUCUCAGGCCUCUUAUCUCAAAAGAACAAGAGUUGUUGCACAAAAAGAGAGGGAGAGGUUCUGUUUUCUUUUGCUGGAGGCAGAGAGACAUCUUCUGUUGAAUUAGCUUCCUCGCUCAUUUUAACUUUGCAUCUGCUUGCUUGGAAACAUGGGAGCUCUCUGUUGUUGCUUUCAAGUUGAUCUCUUUGAGAGUUAUGCGAAUCCAAACACUUCCAUGUCUAGGAACUGUCCCUGCAUUAACUGCUUCCUCCAGAGUCUCAUGGGUUUGUAUGCAUCGAUAUUUAACAGAGGUGGAAUGCAUCCAAUACCUUCAACUGUUGAGGCUGCUUCAGUGAUGAAUUCCACAACUUCACUUGAUGACUCGUCUCUGUCUGAUGUCUAUCAUUCUCCUCCGAGGCCGUUGCCUUAUGAUGCUGAUCCUAGGUACUUCCGUUUUGCUAAGGGCUCAAGCCAUUCGGGUGAAGAAGCAGAGCCGUUAAGAGGUGAUACUGAAAUGAGCUCUGAAGUUUCGGGAGGUGGAGCCAAAAGGAACAAGUCUGGUUACGAAGAUGGUUCGAAAGAAGCUUAUUCAAAAGGUUCACCCAUCUAUGAAAAGUCGAAGAUAGAGCUUUCGUACCUAGAUUCGGAUGAUGAUGAUAUCUGUCCAACUUGCCUUGAUGAUUACACGCCAGAGAAUCCGAAGAUAAUCACAAAGUGUUCUCACCAUUUCCACCUAAGCUGUAUUUAUGAAUGGAUGGAGAGAAGUGAAACCUGCCCCGUCUGUGGAAAGGUGAUGGCAUUUGAUGAAACUGGCUAAGAAAAUAAAAAGACGCAAUGAGUCUUUGCAUGAUAAAAUAAUACAGAGAGAAGUCACUUGUACAUAUAUAAAUCUUCUGUGAAAUUGUGAAUAUCCAGAUGCCUGUUAGUACAGUAAAUAUGAGAAAGUGUGAUUCUCUUAAUUUUAUAUACAUUUUGUCUUCAAUAAGAUUGCUGGAAUGAGAAACAGUUCGAAUCAUAGAAUAAUUGUUUACCUUUUUUUUUUUUUUU